AUGGUAAGCGGAGGCAAAGAGAGCACCGAAAUGCCCUCGCCAGGCGGCCACCCGUCUGCCGGCAUGACGGAAGAGGAGAUCUCGAGACUAAACGCCAGACUGGCCAAUCCACUGGCUGGUAUGUCCCUCGAGCAACUACAGGAGAUGGGCGCCAAAUACGCGAGGGAAAAUGGUAUGGAAGAGUACGAAAUGGAAUUCCGGAAGGGUGCUAUGCUGGCACAGGACCGAGAUGCUUUCGAAACUAUCCCAUUACUCACGGACGAGGAGAGAGAUAUAUUGCGACGUGAAGUCACUCAUCGGUGGAGCCAUCCGAUGGCCCUCUACCACAUGGUGAUAAUGUGCUCGGUUGCUGCCGCAGUUCAGGGCAUGGACGAGUCGGUUAUCAACGGAGCAAAUUUAUACUUCUUCGACCAGUUUGGAAUCCAGGAUCGUGAAUGGAUCAAGGGCCUUGUCAACUCGGCUCCUUAUCUCUGCUGUUUCACCAUUGGUUGUUGGCUCACACAUCCUCUCAACCAAGCUUUCGGACGUCGCAACACAAUAUUCAUCACUUGCUUGAUCUCCUUCGCAACUUGCUUCUGGCAAGCCUUCACCAAUACUUGGUGGCAUCUGUUCAUUGCCCGCUUUUUUCUUGGCUUCGGCAUCGGCCCGAAAUCGAGUACUGUCCCUGUCUACGCUGCGGAAUGUUCUCCACCAGCGAUCCGUGGAGCUUUGGUGAUGAUGUGGCAAAUGUGGACGGCGUUCGGAAUCAUGUUGGGAUACGUCUGCGACGUUGCCUUCAUGAAUGUGAAGACCGAGGCCGUGCCCGAUCUCAACUGGCGAAUGAUGCUCGCGUCCGCAGCGAUACCGGCUAUCUUUGUGUGCGCCCAGGUCUACUUCUGUCCCGAAUCUCCACGCUACGAGUUGAUGAAGGGCAGGCCAAGGCGUGCAUUCGACUCACUUGCUCGCCUUCGAUGGUCCAAAGUCCAGGCUGCCCGUGACCUCUUCUACAUGAAAGUCCUUCUCGAAGCUGAGGGAGAGAUGGCCAAGGGCAUCGCUAAACUCAAGGAGAUGUUCACCGUCGGCCGAAACCGUCGCGCUAUGCAAGCAUCUCAGCUCGUCAUGUUCAUGCAACAGUUCUGCGGCAUCAACGUCAUCGCAUAUUACUCGUCCAGUAUUUUCGCCGACGCCGGCUUUAGCCACGCCCAAGCACUUCUUGCCUCCAUGGGCUUCGGAAUCAUCAACUGGCUCUUUGCGCUACCGGCAGUAUUCACGAUCGACCGAUUCGGACGGCGAAACCUGCUGCUAACCACGUUCCCACUAAUGUCACUCGCCCUGCUCUUCACCGGCUUCUGUUUCUGGAUACCAGGCGAAUCGACUGCCCGAGUGGCCUGCGUCGCGCUGGGCAUAUACCUCUUCGCGAUGGUGUACUCUCCCGGCGAAGGUCCAGUGCCGUUCACCUACUCGGCCGAAGCGUACCCGCUCUACAUCCGUGAUAUCGGCAUGUCGCUUGCUACAGCAACGACGUGGGGCUUCAACUUCAUCCUCGCCGUCACCUGGUUCGCGCUCGAAAAGGCCUUUACAACGCAAGGCGCCUUCGCCUGGUACGCGGGUUGGAACAUAGUCGGCUUCUUUGGCGUCCUCUUCCUCCUGCCGGAAACCAAAGGAAAAACCCUUGAAGAGCUGGACCAAGUCUUUAGCGUGCCGACGCGGGUGCACGCCCGGUACGGCGCAAGGCAGAUUCCGUACUUCUUCAAGCGCUACGUGCUGUGGCAGAACGUUGAGGCGCCACGGUUGUCGGGCGCCAAUCACCCGCCCGUAGAGUAUCACGAGAGCACGUUCGCAGAGACGAAGGAGAGUAGUCCUGAAAGAAGGGUGUAG